AUGCUAUUUUGUGGUGUCUGCCUGUCUGAGUUCUGGAAAAUAGAGUUGGCAUGUAACGAAUAUCUUCUUGUGUCACUUUCACCUGAAACUGAUUGUCAUUUGUCAGUUGCUAGAACCCUUGUUCCAUGUUCAAUUGAGAGUAUAUUACAACAAAUUGUGGACCAAGCGUAUGCUUGCAGAAAGUGUUUGACAGAGAUAGUGGACUUUGAAAUUUCUUGCUAUGAUAAAGAUCAGCUCACUUAUUAUGUCAGUAAGAAACUUACAACUGCUUUGAAGGCCAUUGGAGUGUCAGGUGUGUAUGAUCAUCAAAGUUAUUGUGAUCUUGAGCGGGCAUUGGCAAGAUGCUCAUGGAGAUUCCGAGUUGCUAGAUUGUUAGAUGCUUUAGAGAAGGGUUUAGAGAAGCCUUCAAUCCAACAGAUUGACUGGCACCUGAAAGAGGGAAAUGCAAUGAACAUUUUACCUGAAGAUUACUUCAGAUUGAAGCUUUCAGAAUUGAAGGACAUUGGAUUGCAGUGGGCUGGUCGUGCCGACAAGGUUGCAGCUGAUUCUGGGGCACUCGGUUAGAUGGAGUUUAUGAACUUAUCACAGAGGGGGAAAGUUUGCCAGUUUGCUUGAGGAACGAACUUGAGGUAUUAAGAGUCCGAAGUAUGCUUCAUUGCAUUUGCCGAAAGCCGUAUGAAAAGAAAACCAUGAUUGUUGCAGUCAGUGUGAGGAGUGGUACCAUGUGAGAUGCGUUAAAUUAACCUUCACACCAAAGGUUUAUAUCUGUGCGGCUUGUAUGCCUGGGAGUAAACACCUGGUGUCUUCUUUGGACUCCUCAUUGGAUCAUGAGAGAUACAUGGACUCCAAAUUUGUGGAGCC